AAGGACCCAGCCCGGGAGCCCCCCAGGAUGCCCCGCGGAGACUCGGAGCAGGUGCGCUACUGCGCGCGCCUCUCCUAUCUCUGGCUCAAGUUCUCGCUCGUCAUCUACUCCACGGUGUUCUGGCUGAUCGGGGGCCUGGUCCUGUCGGUGGGGAUCUAUGCAGAGGUCGAGAGGCAGAAAUACAAAACCCUGGAAAGUGCCUUUCUGGCCCCGGCCAUCAUCCUCAUCCUCCUGGGGGUUGUCAUGUUCAUCGUGUCCUUCAUCGGCGUGCUGGCUUCCCUUCGCGACAACCUGUGCCUUCUCCAAGCGUUUAUGUACAUCCUUGGGAUUUGCCUCAUAAUCGAGCUCAUUGGUGGCGUGGUGGCCUUGAUCUUCCGGAAUCAGACCAUCGACUUUCUGAAUGACAACAUUCGAAGAGGAAUCGAGAACUACUAUGACGAUCUGGACUUCAAAAACAUCAUGGACUUUGUUCAGAAGGAGUUUAAGUGCUGUGGCGGAGAAGACUACCGAGAUUGGAGCAAAAACCAGUACCACGACUGCAAUGCCCCCGGACCCCUGGCCUGCGGGGUGCCCUAUACCUGCUGCUUCAGAAACACGACAGAAGUUGUCAACACCAUGUGCGGCUACAGAACUAUUGACAAGGAGCGCCUCAGCGUGCAGAAUGUCAUCUACGUGCGGGGCUGCACCAAUGCCGUGCUCAUCUGGUUCAUGGACAACUACACCAUCAUGGCGGGCCUCCUGCUAGGCAUCCUGCUCCCCCAGUUCCUGGGGGUGCUGCUGACAUUCCUGUACAUCACCCGGGUGGAGGACAUCAUCACGGAGCACUCUGUCACCGAUGGGCUCCUGGGACCCAGCACCAAACCCAGCGUGGAGGCAGCAGGCACGGGGUGCUGCAUGUGCUACCCCAAUUAGGGCCGUGGCCUGGGGCGGCAGCUCCAGAAGGACCGUGACAGGACAGCUCUGCGCAGACCACGUCGUGGGGGCCAGAUAGGACUGUGGCCCCUCUCUCCACAUUCGGCGCUGACCGAAGCCAUGGCUGUGUUUGCUCAGGGCUCCCAGGCCUGUCUGGGGGGCGGAGGCCCUCCCCAGCUGCGGAAUUCUGUGCAUGCCCACACUGCUGGGCGUGGGGAACAGGGCACCCCUCCUCCAGGCUCCGGCUGCUGGGGAAGGGGGAGCUUGGCACUGGGCUCCAGACCCAUUUCACUUCUGGUAGUGCCUUGGCCUUGGUGUUUGUGCCCCUUUGAGGGCAGUUUUGUAGUGAGUUGUAAUCGGGGAGGGUGGAGAGCUUGUGUGCCCCGAGGUGAAGGAGCAGAGGGGUGGGGUGCAGGCCCCAGGCCUUCGGCCUCACCCUGAGGCCACGUUGGGCCCGUUUCUCAGCCUCCCGGGUACCUUGAGACUUCCUCAGGGCUGCUGCUUUGUUGACCCUGUUUUAUACCUGAUUUUAUAACAUUCAUUUUGUACACAGUUAACAGGAGUUUCCGACUAAUCAAAGCUAGCUGUUCGCCCCAUUCCUCUUCCCCCUCCAAGCCAGUUUAUUAAUCAGACAAUAAAGACGUGAUUUUUUUUUU